GUUAAUUUGAAUGUAGUGGAUUCAGUAGGGAUGAGAUUUCAUCGAGAAAGUGAGGACAGCACUGAGUUGGUACAUUUCGGAGAUCAAAUAACACUGUAUUCUAAUGAUAAGAAUGGUGGGUUGCUUUGUAUGGAGGGUCAAAUUAGUAACAAACCUAGCGUUAUACGUAUAAACAGUGAGCAGUUGACUGCAUCAGCUUUGACAAGAGAUUCUCGCUUCUUUAUCUUCGCUAUGCAGAGAAAUAUAUUUCAUGACUGUUUCCGAAAAGAAGAAACUAACUUUGGUGCAGAAUAUAAUUUAGAGGAUUUCAGACAUGAUAAUGAGCAAAACAGUAAAUUACAGAGACGUCUAAGUGAAUCUGUGGUGUAUUAUGGAAGCAUUAUUGAGCUUAUUCAUGUAAAGUCGAAUAAAAUUCUUCGAGCGAAAAAUGAGAUAUCACCGCAAUUUAAGAAUGCUUCUGUUCGAUUUACAUUGGAAGAAUACGAAGGUGAUGAAUCAUGGUUUAUAAUUCAACCAUUAUACAAGCAUAAACAGUUGGGUGAUCCUGUUGUAAUUGGUGAUAAAGUGAUUAUCUUUGCUAGUCGUGCUGGUUGUGCUCUUAAUAUCGAUCAGCUCAAUCCAAAUCUCACUUAUACUACUACUACUACUACUACUAACGACAACAGUAGUACUAAGCAACACAAAUUAUUAACAAAUGGUUGUCAUCAAAAUGUCAGUAAUCGUCAUCAGCAGAAUAAUAACAGCAAUAAUAGUAAUAAUAAUAACAAUACCAGUAAUAAUACAAGUUGGCAAAUCAACGUCUACUUAGGUUAUCAGGAUAAUUUGGAACAUAUACUAAAAGGGGGUGAUGUGAUUAGAUUAUUUCACAGUGAAUCAGAAAAAUUUCUAACUUGUGAUGAAUAUCAAAAUGAAUUGCACGUGUUUCUGCGUACUACAUUUCGAACAGAAACAACUACAGCAAAAAGCUCAAAAGCACUAUGGGAGAUUGAGGUGCAAAAAAUGGAAGAUCGAUCUGGAGAUACAAAAGUGCUUUCAUAUCGUGAACAAGAUAACUAUUAUGCGCCAAGAUUUCUUACCUUAUCAAAAGAUCCAACAUUUGAAACAGUUUUUGAAUUAGAUUCAACAAGUCAUAAUAAAGAUAAUAAUGAACUUAUACCGAAUAAUGCAUUUGUACGUAUUUGUCAUACAGCUUCAAAAAUGUGGAUUAAAGCCAGUGAAGUUGCUAUUGAUAAAAAUGUUGACAAGCCUAUAAUGCAUAUGCUUAAUCUAACUUGUGUUAAAGAUAACAAGGAAGUAUUUGCUAUCCUUCCUGUGCCUGCAUGCAUAGUCAGAGAUUUAGAUUUUGCCAGUGAUGUCUACAAAGCUCUUGGAGCUAUUCUCAGCAGCCUAAGAGAUCAAGGCAAAUUGACGGAUAUGCAGCUGAAGUCGCUUAUAUUCAUUCUGUCAGAAUUAAUAACUUUUCUUGACGGCAGUACAGAUCUAACAGCAGAGUUAACAAGUACAUCUGUAAAAAAUCAUGUGGCUUUACGUGAUCGACAAAAGUUGUUACGAGAACAGAAUAUUAUUUCUCAGAUUAUACAAAUUCUCAGCUUCAAUCUUCUAAGCAGUCUGCCUAAACGAUCAACAUCAAAUGUGUAUGAUUAUUUAAAAAAUUCAAAAAUGUUAAACUCUGAAUCAGAUAUUUCAUUAAUCUCCAAAUUAAAUGAAUCAGGAAUAGACAAUGGCUGUCUGAAUGAACAAGAUGUCUACUUAGAUGAGAAAAGUGAAAUAUUAGCCUGGCAAACUGUUGGUAAUCUCUGUUAUCGUACUUUGACACUAUCACAGCAUAAUUAUAGAAAAAACCAGGAGUAUUUAGCUCAGUAUUUAAAUUUAAUGCAAUCUCAUAUUGGUUUGGGGAUGAGAGCAUCAGAAACAAUUACAGCCUUGUUGCAUAACAAUAGAAAAUUACUUGAAAAACAUGUUGGUGAACAAGAAGUUGCCACGUUUAUUUCAUUAGUUAGAGAUAAUUGUGAAGCACGUUUCUUAAACUACUUGUCAGCGUUAUGUACUUCUUCUGGUGUUGCAAUUCCGAUUACUCAAGAACUUAUCUGUCAUCAGUUAUUAUCUAAGGAGAAUGAAGAUCUCUUAGUGGAAACAUGUGAAAAAAGAAUUAUCAACUCAGAACAACAAUCAGAACUAGCUGUCAUCUUGACUUGGAAACAAACAGAUAUUCUAGAUGAAUAUUUCUGGAGAAGUUGCAGCAACGCCUACUUAAUUAUUAAUCAGUCAGUAAGACAUCAAGUCAACCAUGUGGAAUUAAAUCUGAACAUUCUUAGUGAUAUAAUUCAUCAGUCGAAAUCUGGGGGAAUGGAUCAUAAACAGGCGAAAUAUACUUCAAUCUGCUCUUUAAUCAUGAAUUAUUAUCAAGCUCAAAUUGAUUUGUUUGCACUUUUAUGUCAAGAGAGACAAUAUAUCGCUAUUCAUUAUCUCAUGUCAAAGCUGCCUAUUGAUUUACUUUUGAAAUGUAUACGAAACGAACGGCUGAGACCAGAUCUUCGAGCUUCUUUUACACGUUUGCUACUUAAUCUUCAUGUAGACAGAGAUCCUCAAGAAUUGAAUCAACCAAUUCAGUAUGCACGUUUAUGGAGUUCAUUGGGUACAAAGUCGGAUAUUUUCGCUUAUGAAGCAGCAAGCAAUCAUACAGUAAAACAAGAAAGUAUUAAACAUGAUUUUAUACCUGUUAUGAAUUUUAUCAAUGAAUACUUAGAUGAUAUAUUGGUUUAUGGUCGUUAUCUCACCGACCCGAGUUAUAUUACUCUGACGUAUGAGAUUAUCAAUUUAUCAAGACAUUUAGUAUUUUUUGGACUUUAUAACACGGAGGAAUUAUUGAUUUUGGGUCAAAAGCUUGUCUUCAUGCUUGAUCGUUGUGGCAGCAGCACUAGGAGUGAUUUGAAAAGUGAAGUGAAUAAAGUUAAAAAGAGGGAGUCAACAACUUCUUCAUCAUCAUUACUGACCAGUUCCAGCAGUGACAGACUUUUAGAUUUAAAAGUGAAAAGUCUGGAGAUUAUUGAGUAUAUUUUAGAUGUUCGUGUAGAUUAUCAGAUAUUUAGUCUACUGACUACUCUUCGGUGUAUUAAACAACCUGAAAAUAGUUCCAAUGGCCAAGGAUUAGAAAAUUUAGCAGAAGAUCAAAUGUCAGAACUGUCCAAUUUGGUCAAAAGUAAACUUGCCACUCUGUUCCAUUUACAAGUUGAAAAAGGAACUGAUGAACCAAAUGGUUGUGAAAUGGUGCAAAAUAAACUGACUAUCCUGAAUAUAGAUGGUUAUAAUGGUCAGCUGUUGGUUAGCGUUUUAGCUCGUCUAUGCAUUUCUACAAGUGUUGAGUUAAAGUCGAAAUCUUUGCAACUGUUAUUUCGACAUUUCGGUCAACAAGAAGAACUUAUUGUAAAGUUUAAACAGGUGCAACUGUUGGUAUCGCAUACCGGGAUCAAAGUUUAUCGUCAACUCAAAAGAUGUCUGGAUACUUUACGUGGAUUAAUUGAAAAGUCUGAAUUAUGGAUGAAUAAUGACAUUCAUAUGAUGACUUCUAGUGGUAAUUUUCAGGUUCACAGUGAACGCAGUCAUCAAACAAGUAAUUACAAUCUCGUUAAAGAUAUUCUGUGUAAUAUUAUUUCAAUAUGCCAACCUGAAUCAAUUGAAAGCCGUAAACUGUCUCGCCAAAGUCAUUCCCUCUUCUUACAAAAUAAUAAUGCAAACAUAUUAAAAGACACCAGUCUGGAUACUAGUACAGAAAUAACCAGUCAGCCGUUUGGUGCCAUUCAUGGAGAGCAUGAAUCAUCGCGACCAUCGUCACCGUUAUUAUCAUCAUCAUCAUCAUCACCACCACAGCACACACCAAGAUCAUCAUCAUCAACAUCAUCACAUCGCGCACAUAAUAUACUAAUGGAAUUAUUGAAUAUACAGUUCAAAGUGUAG